GCAACAGUCACCAGCCGCGGAAGUUGAACGAUGUGAACGAAGAGUACCUGGAGAAAAACCAAAAACAAUAAGCGCAAAUGAAUUAACUUUUAAGAUAUUUUUCUACAAUGCUUGGCUUUAGUCGUACAGUUUGUUCUUCAUUAUCAUCUUUGGAAACAUGUCAGGCCUACCUAAACACAGGGAUUGACCUUGCAACCAAUCUGGCCCUCGAGUUAACGGAAGCUGGAGGAAGUAUAGAAGAUGUGAACAAAUUGGAGCAGAUGGUUUUAAAAUCUGUUGCCUCAAGUCAAGAUCUUACUAACUUUACAAAAGCAGUGCAACAAGCUACAGCCCAGAUAAAAAAUGAACCACCAGAAAGCAUGUCUGAACUAGUUCAAGAAAAGUAUGUUGCACUGCAGAAAGCCUCUAAAGAUUUAUUGCUAAAAGAUGAAAAAUUUAUCAAAUUUAAGGAAAACCUGAAAGAAGCAAGAAGACAAGCUGGACUCAUUAAGAAUAAUGAGGAAGAUAAUCAAGAAGAUCUUGAUGACGACAUUGCUGUUACUCAGAGUCAAAAGAACUUCACAUGUCCUAUUACUCAGGUAGAAAUGGUAAAUCCAGUGAAAAACAAAAUCUGCAAUCACCACUAUGAAGAGCAGGCUAUUCUCAAAAUUAUAAACAAUAGACAGAAACAAAAAAAGACUGCACGAUGUCCGGUGGUUGGUUGUGACAAUACAAAUAUAAAACCGUCUGACCUGAUACAGGACCUAACACUCAAGAGAGUAAUUGACAAGCAAAAGAAGCAUGAUGGGCAUAUUUAACUUUGAAAAAUGUAAAUUGAAUGUAUUGUGUUUUUAAGCAUAGAACACUUCCUGAAGCUGCGGUGGGCUGGCGCCCUGCCCGGGAUUUGUUCCUGCCUUGCGCCCUGUGUUGGCUGGGAUUGGCU